GGGGCCCACCGCGCGCGCCCUGGUUGCCCCGGGAAACCUAACAGCAAGCUGCAGCGGUCCUCAGACCCCAGACAGCAGGUCGAGCAUGGACAGCCACGACGGGGACACCGAAGGCGAAGGAAAAGCCGAGGAAGGCCUGACCAAGAAGCCUUCCGAGACCAAGGUCACCUUCGAUCCUCAGAUCCCGGCCGACCCUGCGGAGCCAGAGUUGGAGCAGGAGCCGGCAUCGGAAACGGAGUCAGAGCCUGGACCAGAGACCCAGCCGGUUGCGGACGAACCCAAAGCAGAGGCUUCAGAGGGGAGCGAUUACGCGCAUGCCGAGGUCCCGGAAAGUCUGGAGGCCGCCGAGGCUGCGGGCGAGGCAGUAGAGGCCGCGAGUGAGGCGGUGUCCCGAGAGCCAGAGAGUCUGCCAGAGUCUGAGCCCAAGCAGGAGUCCAAGGAGCAGGACGAGGACGAAGACGACGAUGAAGACGAGGACGAGGAUGAGGACGAGGACGAGGACGAGGAACCGGACCAGCUGGAGAAGCAGGAUAAGGUGAAGAGGGUGAAGAGCAAGGAGUCACGGUUCCGCCCCCAGCUGCCACUGACCACGAUUGUCGAGGAGGCGGCUGCUCCAGCCCCACGGGCUGAGAGAGAGAGAGCAAAGGAGUUAGAGCAGAAGCGAGGUAGCGAGGAUAUCGAGGGGAUAGGUCGAGAACGACACAAGAAAAGCAAAGACGAGCAUCUUCAACCUGGAGAUGAGGAGGAUGAGGAUGAGGAUGAGGACUACGAAGACUUUGAGUGGUCUGCGGAUUUUCGGAAGCUGCAAGAGCAGCAGCUGCGGGGUGAGCUAGUGGACCAGUACCACGCCUUGCUGGUGGAGCGGAGCCGGUACCAGCGCUACAAUGUGUACCUACAGCAGAAGAUCUUCGAGGCGCUACGCAAGAAGGGCAUGGAACCAGCUGAACCUGCGGACAAGGGCGUGGGACCAGACUCCCCCGAGAAAGAGCAAGCAUACUUGCGCUAUCUGGCCAUGCUGGAGGAACUGAAGAAACAAGAAGCGGACGACCUAGAGUGGUACCGCGAGGAGGUGCGUGAGAUGAAGCAGCAGUGCCAGGAGAAGCAGGCCAGGGUGGAGAAAGAGUGGCGACGUUUCCAGGCCCUCAAGAAGCAGGUAGUGAUGCAGGUCAUGGGCAGCUGCCGCAUGCGCGGUGGGCGCCAGGCGGCUCUGAGAGAGGUGGAACAAAUCCAGGCGCUGGAGGAUAAAAAGGAGAAGGAGAUGAGCGCAGUGCGUCUCGAGAACGUGCAGCUGAAGCAGAGCCUGGUACACUUCGAAACCAGGAUGAAGGCCCAGGAGGACUUGGCUGAGGGGCUGCUCCUCAUCGACUUUGAACAGCUCAAAAUUGAGAACCAGACCUUCAACGAGAAAGUCGAGGAACGAAACGAGGAACUUUUAAAACUGCGCACUAAGGUGACCAGCAACGUGCAGAUUAUAACCCAUGUGAAGGAAAAGCUGUCUUUCAUAGACAUGGAGAACGCAUGCAAAAAGGCCCAACUUUUGGAAAUCGAGGCCCAGGUGGCCCUAGGAAGAGACCUAUUGACAAAGACGAAGCAAGCCCGAGACAGCCUGCGAACUGACAACAUCAGGCUAAAUCAGAAAUCUGGGCUUCUGGGUAAGGAAUCACUGCUCCGAGACUUUGAGGAAAAGGUGGAGAGGACAGAGUAUCUCAACAAGCGGCUGGAAUCCCUGAAGCGCAUUCACGCGGGGCUGACCUUGUCCUGCAAAGGGGUGAAGCAAAAGAUCAGAGAAGCCAAAACUUUCCUCCCCUCUUGACAGUCCUUGACAGGACAGUUGGUAAAACCUCCAAAACUCUCGUCUGCCCUGCCAUUGUCAUUCUAUGUGACUUGGGAUGCAACUUUAUAUUUGUCAUUUCCAGCUUCCAAAUUCCUGCUGAACACAUCUGGUUAGCAGUAAUUCUACAUAAGGUUAAGUAAAAUAUUUCUAGAGAGAGGGAGAGUGGGGUGAUUAAACCGACCAAUGAUGAAAAGCCUUUCUAGCCAAGCAGUCUCAUAGUCUAGAGGACUGUUAGAACUGUUUCUUGUCUAUAUGUAAGGAUGGUUUAAAGGUUCAGCCAGUGGCCAAGGUACAGAAAAUCCCUGUGCAUUGUUCUGAUCACUCAGUCAUCUUUAUGCUAGUUAAACUGUAUAGUCUUGAGUCACUGUCUCAAUUAGCUCACAAAUCCCCUCCAUCUCUGUUUGUGGGUGUGUGUUGGCAUGUGGAGGCCAGAGGAACAUACCAGCAUCUCUUGCUCUUCACCUUGAUUUUUUGAGACAGGGUCUCUUCCUCAACCGGGAGCUUGCAGUUUCGGUUAGACUGCCCAGCUAGCAUGAUGAUCCUGGGAUCUGCUUGUCUCUGUGCCCUAACGCUGGGGUUACAGGUAUGCAACGCCAAGUCUGGCUUUUUUAUGUGGGUGCUGGGGAUUUGAGUUCAGAUCCUCAUGCUUUCAAACAAGCACUCUUACCUCCUGAGCCAUAACCUGCAUCAGCAAUCUGGCUGUUGGCACUACAUAACCCUGCCUCCAUGACAUGACACAAUUUUGUUUGCUAAAGUAUAUUGGCUUUGAAAUCAAAGUUAAAAUCCCUUUUCUGACUUCCAUGGCUUGAACAUACUUUGCAUGAGACCAUUCAAAUGCAUUACUGAGGAUAGUUCAAACUGAUUUCUUCCUUUCCCCCUUGGUUGCUACAGUUUUGGUUUUCCCUCUACCCUGUCCAUCAAGGCUACAGAGAAGCAGUAACUUACUGAAACUGGAAAUGUCGGCUUUGUGGCUCCAACAGCAGAGGGACCCAGGGUCCUGCAGCUGGGGAGGCUCCCAAGUGAAACUGGCAGUGGCACUAGAAGUGAUAAGACGGUUCUUCAUUGUAACGGUGUCCUUCUGUGUUUUGAGUCCAUCAGCAGAUUUCUACCUAUCAGCUAACCAUCUGAAUGCUCCCUCCUGAACCUUGAACAGGUCGAGCAGUGGUCAUGCAGGGCACUAAGGUCAGCAUGCCGAGUUGCUAAGGUGUCCUAACUAACAAUUAUGUAGGAAGUAACCAGUGGGCUCUCAAUCACACCACCCCAUGCUGGAGGGAUUACAACUAAUUACAAGACACCCUUCAUUUUUUAUUAUCUCCCCGUGUGGUUCUAAUUAAAUUCAGGAUGAGUGCUUGAUCAUGAAAUUUCAUCAAAGUAGUUCAGAGCCUGUAAAAAAAAAUGUAGGCACUGAACACAUCCUGCUUGAUAUUUUAAGUCGAUGUGCAUGAGAAGUGUCCCCUUCAAUAGCAAAGGAGGGUCUGUAACUCAACCACCUACUCAGAGACAGCCUAAGGUAUUAGAAAAGGAAACCCCAUUUUGGUGACUUGUUACAGUUAAGAGUCUUAAAUUAUAUAAGUAGAAAUAGGUUUGUGCAAGUGCAUCCACAGAUGAUGAUUCAGGGCGUUGACACUCGCAUGAGCCACCUGUCCCUAAAGUAUCACAGUCAAUGCCUUCCAGCCAUGCUGCUCAUAUAUUUAACCUCAGAAGGUUCCAGAGUGCAAGUGACACAGAUGCCAUGAAAGGAACGUAGCUUGGAGCACAUGUGCAGUGACUAGUCCAUCUCUCUCUGAAAAUAUCCUUAUUUUUACUUAAAUAAUCAAUGACAAAAUAUGUGCAUAUUUUAAUAAAAUUGCACUAAUUAU